AUGACAGGUUUCCUUAGGGUCCCCAGAAGACGGUCCAGCCACACAGAAAGAGGCAACUCUGGCACAGAGGCAGAGUUGGUGGAGCAGUUACGCCGGGGACACCGCUGGGGAGUUGUGGUGGACUGGGAGGUGGGAACACUGGAUGCUCUUGUUGGCCUCUCAGAUGAGUUGGGGAAACUUGAUAGCUUUGCUGAAAGUGUAAUAAAGAAAAUUGCCCAGUAUAUUGGAGAGGUUUUGGAAGACUCCAAAGAUAAAGUUCAGGAAAACCUACUGGCAAAUGGAGUUGACCUGAUUAGCUACCUGACAAGGUUUGAGUGGGAUAUGGCUAAGUACCCCAUAAAACAGCCACUGAAGAAUAUCUCAGAAACAUUAGCAAAGCAAAUUACACAAAUAGAAACAGACUUGAAAAGCCGAGCAGCUGUGUACAACAACAUCAAAGGAAAUCUUCAGAAUCUGGAAAGGAAAAACAUGGGAAAUCUUUUGACACGUACUUUAACGGACAUAGUGAACAAAGAAGACUUUGUGUUGAAUUCUGAAUAUCUCAUCACUCUACUUGUUGUAGUUCCCAAGUCAAGCUAUGUACAGUGGCAAAAAACCUACGAAUCACUUUCUGAUAUGGUGGUACCGCGGUCUACAAAGAUGAUUACUGAAGAUACAGAAGGAGGACUGUUCACUGUAACACUAUUCCGAAAAGUGAUGGAUGACUUUAAGGCCAAAGCAAGAGAGAACAAAUUCAUGGUGCGGGAAUUUUACUUUGAUGAGAAAGAACUGAAAUGUGAAAAGGAAGAAAUGAGGAAAUUAGCUUCUGAUAAGAAGCAACAGUAUGGUCCACUGUUGCGUUGGUUAAAGGUGAACUUCAGUGAGAUGUUUGUGGCUUGGAUUCAUAUAAAGGCUCUUAGAGUUUUCUCUGAAUCUGUCCUCAGGUAUGGACUACCAGUGAAUUUCCAGGCAAUGCUAAUUCAGCCUAACAAGAAAUCUGCAAAGAGGUUGAGAGAGGUCCUUAAUGCAGUCUUCAAACAUCUGGAUGAAGUAGCAGCAGCCAGUAUCAUGGAUUCUUCUGUGGACAUCCCUGGCUUACAGCUAAGCAGUCAAGAUUACUACCCUUAUGUCUAUUUCAAGAUUGACCUCAGCCUUCUGGAUUGCAGCUAAGAGGUGCCAGACUUACCCCAUGACUGGUCUCCAGCAUUUUAAUAUUUGAUUGUUCAUGAGCAAUGAAGUUGCUGUGCAAGUACCUCCAAUUCCAAGAUAAUUUUUUAAAAACAUGGUAGUAAGGGAUCCCAUGAUGAGCCAAAUAACGUGGAGCAAGUGUUCUGUGUAGUUCCCAGGUUUCACCCGACGCUGUAGAUUCAAUAAUUUUGCCCUCUUUCAUUUUAGGUGUGACAAUUCUGGAAGCCUUUUCUGAUCAUGUUAGAGAACAUGCUUCACAAGGCAAUUAUGUUACAGUUGUAUUUAUUUUAUUUUUUAAGUUACAAAAAGAGGUCUCAAACAGGAUUUUAAAUAAAAUCAAGUAAUAUCUGGUGAUUAAGAUGACAAGAAUACUCUUAAAUCAUGGAUCUGUAACAGUUUCAUGUUCAGAUUCAGUCAAUGCAGCAGGUACACACUCUUGUACUGAAGCCAAUCAGUUGACAGAUAGUUUAGAAAGUAAUUGGACAAGGGGGAGGUUCUCCAUGUCAAGUUGUUCAGUUCAGCACUUGAGAGAAACUCAGGCACAGAUUAUAUUAAUGAGAAGUGGCACAACUAAGCUACUGAUUUUCCCUGUUAAUCUAGUGUUUGGUGAAAUGGCUAAAAGCGAGGGAAUCUUGGAACAAAAUCCAGCUUUUGGAAUCUAAGCCACUUUGACAGCUUGUUGGACAUUUAUCUUUACAAGGCAGUAUUGUACAACUGUCUCUCUUACACUCCAUUUUUACAAUUAAAUCCUACUGUAAAGUGAGUAGAAAUGCCAAUUUGUAACAAAACCCAAUAUAACUUUUCAGGAAAUACAAAAAUGUGGAGUUUAUGCAGGAUGGAAAGUGACAAAAUUGCAUCUCAUAUCAACUUCAUUAAGGGCAAUUAAUUGCUCAAGAUGAUGCUAGGCAUUGAGGACUAUUUUUGGUCUCUUUGAACUGUUUUACACCCAUGAACAGGCCAAUGGAUGUCGCUUCCAAUCUGAGACACUCUCGCCACCAUUUAGCCUGACUCCAAAAUAUAGUGAUUUAGUGAAAUUGGCCCUCAUGCUGAGGAAGGCUCAUGCUACUUUUUUAUUAUUAUUUUUAAAUUGGUGAUCUGAGGAUCUCUUUAAGGCCUCUGGGGGACUGCAGGCAACCCACACUCUGCCCACUCCUGCCUUUUCUCAGAAAGUUCUAUACUCCCAAUGGCAUGAGAGAAGCAUUGAUUUAAUACUGACACUAGGCACUCUCACACGCCCAAAGAAGCGGAAGAAACACACCAAGGAUUUGUGUUUUUCUGUAUAUCCAAAAUAAUCUGGAGUUACAUCUGUAGUGUCAGAAUAGUCUUCAGCAGAGGAAAGGAAACAUCAGACCAGAAGGCAUCCCAGCAGAUCACAGUUCACCUGGCACAUAGGUCAGAUCAAUCCCUUUCCCAGAUCAAUAGCAUUGGCUUUAUGGCUCCUAGAAAAUUCCCAUUCUAAACUAUUAAUGUUCAUGUCAAUAGUAUACCUGCCAUGGACAUUCUCCACUACACCUGCAAGGAAUUUUUUUUCCUGUGAACCCUGCUGUCUCCAAAAGGAGAUGGAAAAUAUCCUCUCCAAUAAAGAACUACAAGUUUAGCAACACUUAUAAAACAUUUCUCUGUAUGA